AUGAAGGAUAUGUCAAUCUCUAAGUAUUAUAAUAAGUUUAUGACCCUUGCUAGGUUCGCUCCUGAGGUUGUGCCGAAUGAGGAACUGAAGGCUCGGAGGGUUGCACACCUAUACCAUCUAAACUCUAAGGAUAUAGGUGAGAAGGCUAAGGAUAGGGAAAAAAGGUUAGACUUUGAGAAAUCUGAGAACCAGAGUAACUUUAAGAGGCCUAGGAAUAGGAACUCGUUUGAUAGGGGUAGCCAAAAUGUUAGCAAUUAUAAUAAUGCUAACAAUGGAGAGAGGAGCUACCACUGUAAGAGGUGUAGGAGAAACCACCCUGGGAGAUACUGUGAUGGGAAUUUGGUGACUUGCUGGUUCUGCAACAAAAAGGGGCACAAGGAAUAUGAGUGUUACACCAAUCAGAAACAACAGGGAAAUGGUGGGAAUGGCAGGAAUACCCAACAGAGGCCUAAAAAUUUCAACAACCAGGGGAAUAAGGGAAAUGGUCAGAAUGGGAAGUUUGGGAAUGGUAAAAACAAUAACAACAGAUCUGGCAAUGACAACAACAACUCAGGAAACAACAAAAAUGGUUACCAAGGAAGAAGCAAAACUCCGGGCUCUUAUUUGAAUAUGAGUGAGAUUAGUCGGAUGGAGGAUGUAUCCAUUAUGAAUGAGUUCUUAGAUGUCUUUCCAAAAGAGAUCUUAGGAAUGCCACCCAAAAGAGAAGUUGAAUUUAUCAUUGACUUAGUUCCAGGAGCUGCACCUAUCUUGAAAGCACCUCAUAGAAUGGCACCAGCCGAGAUGAGCGAGCUAAAGGCUCAAUUACAGGAGUUGUUGGACAAGGGGUUCAUUAGGCCUAGUGCAUCACCUUGGGGAGCACCUGUGUUUAUUUGUGAAAAAGAAGGAUAG